AUGAUAGAAAGAUGGCAUGGAUCUCUGAAGGCAGCGGUAAUGUGCCAUGAAUCGCACAAUUGGGUCGCGGUGCUCCCUACGGUAUUAUUAGGUUUAAGAUGUAGUUUUAAGGAAAAUCUUGGGGCAUCUGCGGCGGAGAUGGUGUACGGGGUACCACUCAGAUUGCCUGGAGAAUUCUUUGUGGAUAUGGAUAGAUGCCAUGAUUUCGUUUUGGAUAGAUUUCGCGAUGCGAUGCGUCGGAUUAGACCAAAACCGACGGUGCAUCAUUGCAGAAAGUCUCAUUUUGUGUCGGAUUUGCAUACGUGUACUCAUGUAUUCGUACGUGUGGAUGCUGUUAGAAAACCUUUUGAGCAGCCGUAUGAGGGUUCACAUCGCGUUGUCGAACGUAUCUCGGAUAGUGCGUAUUUGAUUAGGUACCGUGGUUGCGAACAGGUCAUUUCGACGGAACGUUUAAAGCCUGCAUUUAUUGAAACAGCAGAUGAAAUUGUACAGCCUAGGAGAACUAGAGUAUGCUAG